AUGCUUAUUGGACUGUGUGGAGGAAUUUGCGCGGGCAAGUCAUCGAUAGCUUCCUACCUCAUCGACGAGCAUGGCUUCAAGCGCCUCCGUCUAGCCCGCACCGCUGCCACACCCAUCGUCGAAAAGUCGGCAUCUGACGCACACGUCCCCUCUCCAUCAGCCUCUACGGCCAUCGAGCACACAUUUGCACAUGUCGACGCUCUGCUCGAAUUCGUCACCCUCAGAUGGAGAGAACGAUGGGUCACGACUGACAUCUGGGACGACAAGGUGCUUGACGCACUCCUUCGACGCCCCUUCUUCCUCUUCAUCAGCGUCGACGCACCCGUCAGCGUACGCUGGCAGCGCUUCAAGGACCGCUGUGCCGUCGACAGCCUCACACCUCCCACGCUCCAAGACUUCGUCCUGCGCAACGAUGCCCACCUCUUCGCCCAACGCACCGGUCUCAGCGCUCUGUUCCAACGAGCACAGCUCAAGCUGCUGAACUCCACCACGUCGAUUGCCUCGCUGCGAGACGCCGUACGCUCACUGAACCUCACGGACGAAGCACGACUCCGCCCCAGCUGGGACCAGUACUUUAUGCAGCUGGCGGAUCUUGCAGCAUUGCGAAGCAACUGCAUGAAGCGGCGGGUCGGCUGCGUUGUUGUCAGGGAGAAACGAGUCAUCAGCACUGGCUACAACGGCACGCCAAGGGGCAUGACCAACUGCAACGAGGGUGGAUGCCCACGAUGCAACAACGCCGCAAAAGGGGGCGUAGGUUUAUCCACGUGUCUGUGCCUACACGCCGAAGAGAACGCUCUUCUCGAAGCUGGACGAGAUCGCAUCGGCGAAUCGGCGAUUCUCUACUGCAACACCUGCCCGUGUUUGACAUGCAGCGUCAAGAUCACGCAGGUCGGCAUUAGUGAAGUCGUGUAUAAUCAGGGCUACCUUGUGGACGACCAGACGGCCCGCAUCUUUGCUGAGAGUGGUGUAAAGCUACGUCAGUUUUCACCACCUGCAGAUGGACUAGUGGACCUUUCGCUAGGCGCCCCUCCCAAAACGCCGGUACAGAGCGAAGACGUUCGCGAGAUACUGAGCAGUGACGACUUUGUAAGGCCGUUGUGA